UGGCCCCAGACGAGCUAAGGUACGGAUACGUUCCAUGGGUUAGCAGGGCAUGUUUCCCCUCCAAAAUCGUCUGGGGGCCAUCAUCGGAUCAUCAAUCACAUCAACUGGAUCCAUUGGAUCUACCCCGAGUACUGUACCUACCUCCCCAAAUAGUGCUGUUGCUGCCAUUCUCACGUCACGCCUGACUUUUACUUCGCUUGCCUCUCUUGUCCUCUUCUGCCUCUUCUCCUCUCUCCUCCUCCUCCAACUCUAUCCUAGGUAAUCUUUUGGCUUCAGACAAAAGAGGGAUACAGGUCACUACAGACUUUUGUAUUGUUUCAGAACCCAGUGUACUCCAUACCUACACUAAGGAUACACUGCAGUUCCUUACCUUGCGUAUUCUGUCUGCACUAACGCACAGCAUCCUUGCUAGACCCAAGCGAGCUUUCUCUUCCUUCUUGUUGACUUGGGACUUGGACCCCUCGCCUCGACUCGCGAGACUCGACGACCGCGCCUCUUCAGAUCGAUCGCAAUAUUACGACUUCUCUGGAACCUUCAUUCAUGGGUUGCUGACCGACAUUCUCAACUUGUUGUAGCUGACUUGGACGAUCUGCGCUGAGGCUCGUCUAGCAGCUGGUCAACUUCUGUCCUACGUCGCCAUGGCUGCUCAAGGUGCUGCAGAGCAUGUUUAUGCUACGCUUCUUCUAAGCGAUUCCUAUCUUCCUGGCGCACUCGUUCUCGCUCACUCUCUUCGCGAUGCAGGAGCCAGUCGCAAGCUAGCAGUAUUGGUCACACUCGAUACCGUGUCCGCUGACUCCAUUACGCAGCUCAAGAGGGUAUACGACUAUAUCUUUCCUGUACCGCGCAUUCGCAAUGACCACCCGGCCAAUCUGUACCUAAUGAACCGUGGCGACCUGCAUUCAGCGUUUACCAAGAUCAAUCUAUGGAAACUCACACAGUUUUCCAAGAUUGUCUACAUUGACGCCGACGUGGUAGCAUAUCGAGCUCCUGACGAGCUUUUCGACACUUCCCAUCCCUUCGCAGCUGCCCCCGACAUUGGCUGGCCAGAUCUGUUCAACACUGGUGUCAUGGUUUUGGAACCCAAUAUGGGCGACUACUACGCUAUGAUUGCCAUGGCUGAGAGAGGAAUUUCUUUUGAUGGCGCCGACCAAGGCCUCAUCAACAUGCAUUUUGGUCAACGGUAUCAUCGAUUGAGUUUCACUUACAACGUCACACCAUCUGCGCACUACCAAUACGUUCCGGCGUAUCGACACUUCCAAUCAAGUAUUAAUAUGGUGCAUUUCAUCGGAUCCAACAAGCCAUGGUUCACUGGCCGAGACGCCCCUUCUGGCAACAACCCCUUCAGUGAGAUGACAGGACGAUGGUGGGCAGUCUACGAUAGGCAUUACCGACAUCAAGAAUCCUCUUCCGACAAUGCCUCUUCAACUCCUCAGUAUGUCCAAUAUUUCACAAAAGGAGAAUGGCACCCUCAGCCAGUCCACGCGCAGUCAUCUACCAGUGAACACCACAGCUCCGUUUCAGCUGAGGGAACGCAUCAUUUAGCUUCAGGCCACGCACACCAUGCAUCUCAGGAGGAUCAAGGCCCAGGACAUCAUCACUCAGAAGGAUCUGGGCACCAUGAAGGAUCGCAGCAUGGUGGCGGAUAUCGUGAUGCGUCAGAUUCUGGUUCGGCCCAUAAUGAUCACCAUCCUGUUCCUCCUAGUGGUCAGCCAGUCUCAGCUCCUGGGCAUCACCAUGAACAGCAUAACGGACAGCACGCUUCUGAACAUCAGCACCAUCACCACGAAGAACCAAAGAACGAGCCACCCCCGAUUACAAUGCAUGAUUGGGAUGCUCAGAGACAUCCCCCUCCCGCUGACUCGAAACCCGAGGCUAUGAACUUUCCUUCCACUCAUUACGAAAUGUCACGCGAUACAGCCCCUUUCAUUCCGCCUGAACGAUACCCAAGUCCUCCAAAGAACAUGUGGUAUGAAGUGCCAAAGGAGAGGCCGGCCCCAAGAUCAAAGCCAGCUCCGGAGAUCUUUCCGUGGGAACGCAACCGACCUCGCCCAACCAGAUCAUUCAUUGGGGAACCAGAACCACCGGCGCCUGAACCAGAGCCUACACCUGGGGAGUCCAGCUCAGACCCUAGCACAGGGUCUACAACACAGCUUUCAGUGACAACUGAAGGUCUUACAGAGUCUUCUGAGGUGACAGCAUCGGGAUCUGGGGCGAAGAACGAGUCGAGUACAUCUACUCCAAUAGUGCAGAUUACCCCAUCAGACCCUUGGACGUCAUACACACGCACAAACGCCUGGGAUGAGGUGCCUGAGAUCGAGCGGUACGUUGAUCGGCUUCAUGGUGGUCAUCGACGUGGUAAGAGUUCGACCUCUACGAUAGGGCGUGUGAAGAGCCCAUCAAAUGGUGCAUGGAGAGACGAUCGGAGCAACUUUAAGAACCGCGGGCUGAGACUCACCGAUUUCCCGAGCGCUACAGAACGCCCCAGCUUGCCGGUCACACCAGCCCCGAUUCAUCGGCACUCGUUCUGGGCGGGAGACGACGGGGAACACGAGGACGAGGCAGCAAAGAAGCUUCCUGAGGCUGAAGGCGUGCCUACGCAGUCUGACUGGGUAUGUGUGCAUGGGAGACGUUGGAGACCGACAGACUGCCUGUGCGAGGUGACUGACUUGGUGCUACAUCACCAGGAUCCGCUGGCACAGCUCCAGAAGCUUGCUAAGCAGCAAUCGGAUGCGUUGUUAAAGAAGCUCGGUGGCGAAGGAGACGAGAGUCGAGAAGGAGGAGUGGGUCGAGAGAUUCCAACACGUUCAUUGCCCUUUGGUUCGGGUGAUGCCAAGUCACCUACCUAUGUCGCGCAGUCUGCUGCAGGUGUGCUCAGCCCACAGCCGGUGAAAGGCGAAAGGUCGGCAGGCAUCUUGCGUGACAUGAGCAGUGGCCGCCUCGAACCUGAAUCACUUUCGCAAUCGACUACGAUUCCCGAGCCGAGCUAUACCGGGCCUGGCGCUGCCUGGGAGAAGGAUGAAGAUAUACCGCAAUAUGAGACAAUCCUGCCACCUAAGGAGGAGGAGCUAGAUGCUCUUAACGCAUAGCAGGUCAUCUGGGCACCAGCUAAGUCCAUUGAACAAGGGAAAGUUCCCGAAGGUUUUGUGGUCUCCCACUACGGCAAAUGAGGAUGGGGAAGAAUCAAGAAGGAAUGAUUAAUGCGUUACCGUUUCAUGGCUAUGAGCGGACAUGGUAAUAGAUACAGGUACGACGAGGGGCACUUGGGUAUGUGCGGCAUGGACACGGGUCAGCUUUUCUUUGUUUGCCAUUGUUAUUUUGGUUCCCUUGUGCCAUCUCGUAAAUAAGCUUCGAGGAUUCCUUGUCAACGGCGGCAGAGAGAGAGGAGGAGGAUGUAUUUUUGUUGAAAUAUGGACACUGUGGCAGCGCCUUUACGGUGUCGUUAAAGAGUAGGAAUUACCUCUGAAUCGUCUUUGGAUUCAUUCAUAUGCUCUUUGGUCUGUUACAUUCUUGCACUUCUCAUUGCGUUCGUGUUUUGUUGCUACGUUGAUGUUUGCUUGCUUUUGAUUCACCAAUGCUCUGUGCCAAUUCAUCAGCGUGCCUUGACUGGUCUCAUUAAUCAUGGAAAGGUGUUUUCUGGUCUACUCAUACUUGUAUAGUUGCAGAUUACUUUGGGUAGCUUGCAUACCAAGCUUCAGAUGUACAAUACUGGCUUCAACAAACUUAUAUUUCGGGGUGAAGCUUCUCUGUCAUCCAUGCCAUUGAGGCGAACAAAUAGUACAUAACUCCUGUGAACUCCAUGCCGCUAGCAAUCGGGAAGUUUAAAUGCAGAA